AUGCUGCUGUACUCUGGCGGAGGCGCCACAGAAGCUUCUGUUUGGAGUGUUCUUCAUCGCGUUACACCUCAAGAUUUUGGGCACGGUCAAGGCAAGGCGGCCUUGAUUCCUUACGGCAAGCCCAUGUACAAUCAGACCAUGUUUGUGCUCCAGCAGACCGAUGCUGAUCAUCAGACUUGGCAUCACGCACCCUCGCUUGUCCCAGGGAAGCUUUUCAUUGGUGGACUCGGGCUUGCAAAGGGCUAUACCGAUGUGGACAAGACGCGUUCCGCCUUCAUCGAAAUUCCUGGUCUCGGACGUCUUUACGAUACAGGAGAUAUUGUUCGCUUCCUGCCAUCAGGCGAUCUUGAGUUCUUGGGUCGUCGCGAUCUUCAAGUCAAGAUCCGUGGACAUCGAAUCGAGCUAGAAGAGAUCAACUUCCGACUGAAGCAGAUCCCUGGCGUUCACGAUUGCGCCAUCAAAGUCAUUGAUGGACAGCUUGUCGGAUUCGCUGUUCCUCGCAACGACAUGCCAACGGUCAACGAGUACGGUGGUGUGCGACUCUUAUCGGAUGACUUGUAG